AUGGAUCCUCAGUCUACCCAGCUCCAGCAAGCCCAGCUUGCAGCUAUUCUUGGUCCCGACCUUGCCCCUUUUGAAACCCUUCUCUCCCACCUUAUGUCCUCCUCUAACGAGCAACGAUCGCAAGCUGAACUCGUCUUCAAUUUAUGCAAGCAGACCGAUCCCGAUUCUCUAUCUCUCAAGCUUGCGCAUCUUCUUCAGUUCUCUCCUCAACCUGAGACCCGUGCCAUGUCUGCUGUUCUCCUCCGCAAGCAGCUAACUCGCGAUGAUUCCUAUCUCUGGCCUCGCCUCAAUCCCUCCUCUCAGUCUUCCCUUAAAUCUAUACUCUUGUCCUGUAUUCAACGCGAGGACUCCAAAUCCAUAUCCAAGAAACUGUGUGAUACGGUUUCCGAGCUGGCUUCCGGAAUCUUGCCGGAUAACGGCUGGCCAGAAUUGUUGCCUUUCAUGUUUCAGUGCGUAUCGUCCGAUACCCCCAAGCUGCAAGAAUCGGCUUUUUUGAUCUUCGCCCAACUUUCGCAUUAUAUUGGGGAUACCUUGGUGCCCCACAUUAAGCACUUGCACGGUGUGUUUUUGCAGUGCUUGACGUCAACCUCCUCGAGCACCGAUGUGAAGAUUGCGGCCCUCAAUGCUGUUAUCAGCUUCAUACAGUGCUUGUCCAAUUCUGCUGAUCGCGAUAGGUUUCAGGAUUUGCUGCCACCGAUGAUGCGGACACUAAUGGAGGCGUUGAAUAAUGGGCAGGAGGCAACAGCGCAAGAGGCACUUGAAUUGUUGAUCGAAUUGGCCGGCACGGAGCCGAGGUUUUUGAGACGGCAAUUAGUAGAUGUAGUGGGGUCGAUGUUGCAAAUUGCAGAAGCUGAGUCAUUGGACGAGGGAACGAGGCACUUGGCGAUUGAAUUUGUGAUCACUCUUGCAGAAGCCAGGGAGCGGGCACCCGGAAUGAUGAGAAAGAUGCCACAGUUUAUAUCCAGGUUGUUCGCCAUAUUGAUGAAAUUGCUCUUGGACAUUGAAGAUGAUCCGGCGUGGCACGCUGCUGAGAACGAAGAUGAGGAUGCAGGCGAGACCAGUAACUACAGUGUUGGACAGGAGUGUUUGGAUAGGCUUGCAAUUUCUCUGGGUGGCAAUACAAUUGUCCCUGUUGCUUCUGAGCUGUUUCCUGCUUACUUAGCUUCUUCAGAGUGGCAGAAUCGCCAUGCGGCACUGAUCGCAAUGGCCCAAAUUGCCGAGGGUUGUUCAAAGGUUAUGGUAAAAACUUUAGAACAAGUGGUGGCAAUGGUCUUGAACUCAUUUCAAGAUCCACAUCCUCGUGUUAGGUGGGCAGCGAUUAAUGCAAUUGGGCAGUUAUCUACAGACUUGGGCCCAGAUCUGCAAGUUCAAUACCAUCAGCAGGUGCUCCCUGCACUUGCUACAGCAAUGGAUGAUUUCCAGAACCCUCGAGUACAGGCUCAUGCUGCAUCUGCAGUUCUCAACUUCAGUGAGAAUUGUACUCCUGAUAUCUUGACACCUUAUUUAGAUGGGAUAGUUGGCAAAUUGCUUUUACUUUUACAGAACGGGAAGCAAAUGGUGCAAGAGGGGGCCUUGACUGCUCUGGCUUCAGUUGCUGAUUCAUCUCAGGAGUAUUUCCAAAAGUAUUAUGAUGCUGUCAUGCCAUACCUGAAAGCAAUUUUAGUUAAUGCCACUGAUAAGACCAAACGCAUGCUUCGGGCCAAAUCCAUGGAGUGCAUCAGUUUGGUCGGGAUGGCAGUUGGAAAGGAUAAGUUCAGGGAUGAUGCCAAGCAGGUUAUGGAGGUGCUGAUGUCAUUGCAAGGAUCUCAGAUGGAGGCAGAUGAUCCAACUACAAGUUACAUGUUACAGGCAUGGGCACGGCUUUGCAAGUGUUUGGGACAAGAUUUCCUCCCUUAUAUGAGUGUGGUUAUGCCUCCUUUGCUUCAGUCUGCCCAGCUUAAGCCUGAUGUAACUAUAACAUCUGCUGAUUCUGAUAAUGAUAUUGAGGACUCUGAUGAUGAUAGUAUGGAAACAAUUACUCUUGGGGACAAAAGAAUAGGAAUCAAGACUAGCGUUCUUGAGGAAAAAGCUACAGCUUGUAACAUGUUGUGUUGCUAUGCCGAUGAGUUGAAGGAAGGGUUUUUUCCAUGGAUUGAUCAGGUCGCCCCGACCUUAGUCCCACUUCUAAAAUUUUACUUUCAUGAAGAAGUCAGGAAAGCAGCUGUUUCAGCGAUGCCGGAGCUUAUGCGAUCUGCAAAGUUAGCUGUUGAAAAGGGGCUUGCUCAGGGACGUAAUGAGACCUAUAUAAAACAGCUGUCAGAUUAUAUAGUUCCAGCCUUAGUUGAAGCUUUACAUAAGGAGCACGACACAGAGAUUUGUUCUAGUAUGCUGGAGGCAUUAAAUGAAUGCUUACAGAUAUCCGGACCACUUCUUGAUGAAAGCCAAGUCAGGUCCAUAGUUGAUGAGAUAAAACAGGUAAUCACUGCCAGUUCCAGUAGAAAGAGAGAGAGAGCAGAGAGGGCCAAGGCGGAGGAUUUUGAUGCAGAGGAGGGAGAAUUGAUUAAAGAGGAAAAUGAACAAGAGGAAGAAGUCUUUGAUCAAGUUGGUGAAAUAUUGGGAACUUUGAUAAAAACAUUCAAAGCGUCUUUCUUGCCUUUCUUUCAAGAACUGUCAACAUAUCUAACGCCUAUGUGGGGGAAAGAUAAGACGCCUGAAGAAAGAAGGAUUGCAAUUUGCAUCUUUGAUGAUGUUGCAGAGCAGUGUCGUGAAGCAGCACUGAAAUAUUAUGAUACAUAUCUUCCCUUCCUACUUGAAGCUUGCAAUGAUGAGAAUCCUGAUGUCAGACAGGCUGCUGUGUAUGGGCUUGGUGUCUGUGCAGAGUUUGGUGGAUCCGUGUUUAAACCACUUGUUGGAGAGGCUCUAUCAAGGUUAAAUGUUGUAUUGCGACAUCCUAAUGCUUUACAACCUGAAAAUGUAAUGGCAUAUGACAAUGCUGUUUCGGCUUUGGGGAAGAUUUGUCAAUUUCAUCGUAACAGUAUUGAUUCGGCUCAGGUUGUUCCAGCAUGGUUAAACUGCUUACCAAUAAAAGGUGAUUUGGUUGAAGCAAAGAUUGUGCACGACCAGCUUUGUUCCUUGGUGGAGAGGUCGGAUGUGGAGCUUUUGGGCCCAAAUAAUCAAUAUCUUCCCAAAAUAGUUGCAGUAUUUGCCGAGGUUUUAUGUGCGGGAAAGGAUUUAGCAACAGAGCAAACUGCUAGCCGAAUGAUAAAUUUAUUGAGACAAAUGCAACAGAAUUUACCGCCAUCUACUUUAGCCUCUACUUGGUCCUCCUUGCAGCCCCAGCAACAACUUGCGUUGCAGUCUAUUCUUUCAUAGUUUCUUGAAGGUGACGCUGGAUUUUGCUGGUGCCCGCGGGAUGCACUUUUUAUGUUCUUGUUUGUGUGUGAAAUAUAUUCGUCCCCAUUCUUUGCCAUAAAAUGCUCUGAAGCAUGAGUUUUGUCUUUGAAAUUUGAUGAUGAGUGAAAAUCAUUGUUGCUGCUGAAAAGGAAUGUGUUAAAGAAAAAAAGUGUAUAUUUUUGUUUAAUUCUAAGUGGGGUGGGUUCAGGCCCGAGGUCAUUGUGGUUUUCUAGUUUCGGGUGGAUGGGUCGCCACGGAGGCAAUCCUUUUACAGUUUUGUUUUGGUCCAAUUUAUUAGUAUCAUUGUCAUUAUAAACUUUCAUUGCAGUAUAUCAUAUGAAUUUUGGUGAUUGCGUUUGCUUGAUUU